AUGCCGCCACCGAGGAUUUGCCGCGUCAACGUCGGAUUCCUCUACGAAAUAGGCAAGGCGACGAUAGGUGCAGUUCUCCUCGACAUGGAUGGGGGAUAUGUUGCGGCAUUCAGUGCACUCCUCCCGGAUUGUUUCUCACCACUUAUGGCCGAGGCAUUUGUAUGCAAAGAAGCCUUAUCAUGGUUAAAAAAUCGGGGCGAGCGGUCAAUAGAGCUAUACACGGAUUGCUUGACGCUACAGCGUUAUCUUACUACACCACCAUCUACAGUUCGUUCCUACAUCGGCUAUGUCAUUGACAGCUGCAGAGCAGCUACAUCUUCAUUUGAUUUCUGUUCGUUUAAAUUUAUUUCUAGAUCAGACAAUUAUUUAGCACAUGUUUUAGCAUCUACAGCUUUCCAGCAUUCUAUUGCUAUGUAUUGUGAUCUUUUCCCACCUGACAUUAUUACGACUUACUUCUAA